AGGUCGUAAAUUGUUGAUUGAUUGUUAUUCAUUGCCCCUUCCGAGUUCUGUUGCUGCAUGUGAUGCUUACAGCAAACCGAUUGCAUGCAAGCUUGAGUAAAGAAGUCGUUCUGCCAAAGAAGAAAUCGAAGUUAAAAAGCAAGGCAAAAGUGACUUUUAAAAGGCACCGCCAAAGUCAUAGACAAAAGAGAAACUUCUUUUAGCAUCAACUUGACUGCCGAUCUUUUUGCUCACCUUGUGUUCAAAAUAGUUCAAUGAAGUAUCGUAGCCUCUUCCUUUGGGAGUAUGUUUGGGUGUCGCCAUUCCUACAUCCCACUUGCCGACGUAAUGUGUGGCAUAGCCACCCCUUUUCAAGUGUUCUGCCAAACCAGUGAGAUUGCGUGGCAUUCCCGAACUGGGAACUUCUGGGUUCUUGAGUGUGGUUUGUACAUGGACUGGAAAUCGUCCUGACUGCAGUGCUGUGCGGGUUCCCGUGCAACUGCAGUGAACAUAAUGUCUAUGGAGUUGGAGCCCUUCUUGCUGUGCCAAACGGUCCAUGACAGGAGUCUGGACUUCAGGUCGACGAUUCAUAUUGGUAGCAGUAGUUUCAUGUUGAUGAAAUCCGACAUCACCCCAACCAAGAUCGUCAAUCAAGACAAAUAGAAUAUGAGGGGGAGUUUGACCGUUGGUACCGGUAGUGGCGGCAGAACAAGAGAGGAAUUCCAGAAACAAGAACACCAAAGUCAGCCUCAGCCAUCCAUCAUUACUGCACAUCGACAUUGUUUCUCUUGAUUGCCUCCCUUUGCUAUUUCUCAUGGAGCCGUCAGUCUCAUGCCUCGUUGAUUGAAUUCCACAGUGUGCUGCAUCCAAACCCCCUGUCGUUUGGAUCCAAACUCGGGAUCUGAUCCAUUUCGAUCUUUGCUCCCUCUUUGCCUCAUUUUUUGGUCUGACCUCCAACCGCCGACGCGCACAAGCCCUGCCAUCCACAAAAAAAUCUUUGCUUCCGCACCGGCACCAAACCGCGCCCCCACAACUUCCAAAGCUGACAAUGAUGACCAUGGAUGUCUCACUACAUGUAUCCUUUUCUACGAGUAGUUAGUUGUCUGGCUAGGCAGCUGCUAGAUGUUACUGUUGAGUUCUGACGAAAGAGGUUGAUUCGAUUGAUAUUCCUUUGAUUGAUUGAAUCGAAUCGAAUCAUUGAUUAAUUUUCACGGCGGGGCUAGUAGAGUAGUAGAUUCGUUUAGAAGACAAUGGCCAAGAAGCGAUCACAAUGUCGCUCCAAGAGUUGCGUUCGGUCUCGAAAGAGGAGAAUCCGUGUCGACAAUAAGGAGGUUUUGCCAGACGAUAACCGCCAGAACAACAGUCGAGUGUCCGUGUUUGAAGACUACUUGUACGUUCAGAAUUGGCUUUUCGAAAAAGAAUUCUACCGCUUUCUAUCGACACUGCGACGGCCGCUGCCUGUGUGUUUUCGCAUCCGCGAUAAUUUCGAGGACUAUGGCUUUCAGCAAUUGCUUCACGAGGAGAGGGCUCACGAUCAAGCACGACAAAUGCCUGGAGGUGCCUGGCAGCUUCCGUCGUCGGCACUGCAAGCCUAUCCUCGCAUUCGCCAGUGGCUCUCCACGCAAACGGCUCAAGGUCACAUUAGUCGACAAGAAUUUGUCAGUAUGAUCCCCGUCUUGUUGUUGGACAUUCAAAGCCAUCACACCGUGCUGGAUCUGUGUGCUUCCCCCGGCAGCAAGACCAUUCAAGCAGUGGAUGCGUUGUAUGCGAACACUACUACUUCCGAGCAGCAGCCCACGGGAUUUGUCAUGGCCAAUGAGCUGGAUCCUCGUCGAGCGUAUGUAUUGGCGCAUCGAUGUCAAGCAACACUCGGAGAACGAAUGAAAUCGUUGGCCGUUGUCAAUCACAAUGCCACCAAAUUUCCAAAUGUAUUGGCACCAUUACGACGAAUAUCAUCCAGCCCAAAAGAACGUCCAUUUGAUCGAAUCAUUUGUGAUGUGCCUUGUUCUGGAGAUGGCACUCUUCGCAAGGAUACCAAGGUCUGGAGGACGUGGCAUCCGUCCUAUGGUAUUCAACUGCACGCCUUGCAAGUCAGGAUUGCCAAACGGGGCAUUGCCUUGCUUCGAAUGGGAGGCAUGAUGACCUACAGUACCUGCUCCUUUCAUCCCAUUGAAAAUGAAGCUGUCGUGGCAGCCUUGUUGGAGACGGGGUGUGUCGAAGUCGUAGCCUGUGAUUGUGUCCGUUCGCUCAAGGGGAUUCGGCGGCGCCAGGGCUUGACAGAAUGGAAGGUCUUGGAUGAUGACUGUCACCAAGUUGCUAGCCACAGUGAUCGACCGGAUUGGCCCUCGACCUUGUGGGCCAAUCGGAAGCAUCAUCGAUCCUUGCAACGAUGCAUUCGAAUGGUACCACACGACAAUGAUUCGGGGGGCUUCUUUAUUGCUCUCUUGCGCAAGAUCCAGGAGUUUCCAGCCAUUGGUGGGUCGGAUGCCAAAACGGAAGCGUCCGCACCGGUAGCGGGAAUGGUCACACCACAAGCCGAGCAUCACAAGCUCUUCCCAGUCAAGGACCACAAUGAGAAGGAUGCCAAGGUGUUCACCCGGGGUCCAACCGGCAAGCGACAAUUUCAGAUUGCCAAUUCUCUGGCUCACUGCCUUACCAACACCCCAGGAUCGGACAAAAUCAAUCUUGUCUACGCUGGCCACAAUGAUGAGAAGAUGGUGGCGCCUUGAAGGCUUCCUUUCGCGAUCAGAAACCAAGAUGGCGUACUGAACCAGAUGGGAGGCAAUCAAAGGGUGAACCCCGUAAUCGGCGAUCGAGUUGUACUGCUAGCUGCAACUUACGGUACAGUAGCAACAUUUUGUCCCCAGCUUCGUCUGAGGCACGUACCGCUACCGUAUAAUAUUGUUGUUUGGAACCCAUACCGGUAGGUUGAGAGAACCCUACAUACACUUUUCAAUCCCAUGCGCAGGAGGAGAGGCAGGACGUGCUGCCGCACACCUGGAGCCUCCUUCACGAACAGCGUCGUGCCUAAUUUUCUCAAACUAGAACCUGGUAACCCAUCUUCGUAGUGUCAGCAUACAGUGCACUCCUUCGUGAUGUCGCAUGUAUGGCUCUCUGACGAGCGGUAGUUGGCCACGAAGUGGCAGUUUGCUGAUGGUACCGCACACACAGCGCAAGCAAUCCGUUGCGACCCGGCAUGGAAGGUUGCUAUGGACAUAGCAGACAGACUGUAAUGCAUCUUCACUCUGCAAUUGAGGAAUGUGUAACUACGCACCAAAAUGUCUUUGUUGCUUGCUUUCCAUUGCGUUACAUUCAAGCGAUGCACUGCUCGCGGACACCCACCUGUUGUAACGAAAGUUUGUUACAUGACCACUAUGCCCAGGCAUAGCUGGCUGCUCUUGUGUGCCUGCUGGUGUACCGUACCGUAUGACCCUCGCUACCACUACCAGUAUGGUAAGGGUACCCACGACGCAGCUUGCUUGGUGCGGGAGUGGAAGUGCGACUGAAGGAAAAUGCAUGCAGCACGGUUCAUCACAAGUUGAGGAAGCAAAACG